CCUAACGCCAGACAAAUCAAAACGUAAACAAACGCGAGCAUGAAGGACUAUUACACCUGGACUUACCCGGAUAUACCCGAAAAUGUGGCCCAAGAGCUGCAGAAGCUGCGGAACUCGCUGGUUGUGGUCGGCAUCGUCGGCCGGUCCAAAGGCGAUCAAGCUAAUAAGAUGCAGGCCUUUGGCAUGGAACCACCUUUGGAGCACAUACCCCAGGAUGGGCAGGUGCAGUGCUACUAUAAGCCGGGCACCUCAAGCUUGCUGCUCCACUUCGAGACGACAUACGACGAGGCGGUCCUAAGCAAGAUGAUAGAUGCCUCCAUGGAGGAUACCGAUAGCCCCUUUGACUUUGACAGCUUCUACGAGAGGAUGCGUUGCCAGUUUGUGCGCAUGGUGCUACUGGCCCUGCAUGCGUGUCACAUUGUGGUCUAUGUGGAAACCGGUCAGAGCUUUGAUCCCUCCUUGGUCACCGUGUUCCAGCUGCUGAAGUUCGCUCGGGAGCAGCAUCUUUUGCAGUUUUUGCCCAGCAUGCUGAAGGGCAUUGCGGCAACUAGGAUGGGCGACAAAUCGCGCCUGUGCACACCGAGGAUACUGUUCCUAUUCGAGAAUUACCCACAGGACGAGGAGACGACGCGUGACCGUGUGUCCGCCUUCGAAUUCCAGACGGAGGACUGUAUCUAUGAGCUGUUGCGCCACCAUAACAUCGUGACCAAAAGCAGCACAAAGUCGCUGAUGGCGCUGCCAAACAACAAGCAGUUCGUCUUUUUCAACGCCCACGAGGAGCAACAUACGGACAAGCUGCUCAAGGCCAUCGACUGCCUCAAUCUGGUCAUGUACAAGCCGGACACAAGGGAGGAAGAGGAAGAUCAAGAGAUUCUCGAUCUGGCGCCCUUUGACGGCUUUGUCAAGCCCUAUGGCCGGUUUAUCGAUGAGAAGGCCCUGGAGGAACAGCAGUACAGGAAAGAGCACACAGUGUGGCACUUCCUGCAGCGCCACGUACAGGAUGCCCAGCAAGGCUGCUUUGACGAGGGCUCCUUCAAGCAGCAAUCCCAGCAGGGACAUUUCCAGCUGCUUAAUUUCAAGGAUUGGCACGAAUGCAUGGCCAUGCUGUACCAGUUGCUGGUCGAUAAUGCCAAGAAUCCAAGCACUCAUGAAACUGGCAACGAGGAAUACAAAACCUUUCUCAACAGCUUCGAGGACAGUUUAAAUUUCGAAAAGAAAUUCUGGGCGCAUCUGUGCGAUUUGGGCCUUAAGAAAGGCAUCGCCGCCUAUAAGCAAGCAGCCCCCAGCAUCUACGGCAGCGCCACGCACAAACAACUCCUGGCAGACGCUACCUUAGCCUUCGGCGAGGAGGGACGAGGACCGCCGGUCAAGGCUGCCCUAGCCAAGUUAGCUGCCAUCUGCCAGAAGCACUGGCAGGACGGGCGGCAGCAGUGCGAGCUGCUCAGCCUGCGCUCCAAUCCCUGCACACUGCCCAAAGAUGUGGCGCACGAGAAGCACAAAAGCGGUGUGGUUCACAUAUCCACCUGCAACUGUGGCCGCACCCAGGGACGGCGAGAGGAUCCGUUCACUCUGCGACAGGCCAACUACGAGUACUACGAGCACAUAGCCAAGAUGUGCAAUCUCUGCGUAAAGGUGAAGCAGUACCAGUUUCCCAUCUUCGAGCCCUCCGUCAGCGAUUAUCGAGCGGCUGCUUUUGAGGCAGCGUUUCCCAUGUUGCUCACGGGAAAGAGUGGUGGUCCUCAGCACGACGAUGACGAUGAUGAUGAAAAUGACGAGGCUGAGGGUGAUGAGGAGGAGGAGGACGGACAGGAGGAUUCCGAGAAGCCAGAGGAGGAGAAGAAAGCUUCCGACUGCGGCCAGAACCUUUCGCCUACCUUUGGUUCCGAUCUAAACAUGUCAAUUGCCGGCUUUGGAGCCUCUUUAAACGAAUCCCAGGGCAGCUCUGCCGAUCUGUCAAACUCGGAGCAGGAAUCCACGAGUAGCGGCACCUCCAGCGGCGAUACGGAGAAUGAACUGGUGCUCCAGCUCAAGGAGCCGGCAGCCAAGAAAGAGGUGCGCGAGGAGUCUACCGCUCCACCACCAAAUACUUGCUCCACGUCCACCACAGAAUAUCUGCCGGGCUUGGUACACACGGUCAGCAAUUUUGGGCUAUUGCCACUGUUUCCCAGCUGGUCGCUAGCCUGCGUGGGUCCCAGCUCCAUCUACAGUCAUAAUACCGGCCUUCAAGAGCACUUUCAGAGUGGCUUCCUGUCUGGUGCAAACUUCCUUCUGCCCUGGGAUGUCCAACUGAGACUGGUCCAUGCUCCCAAGCAGCAGCAGCAGCAGCAACAUCAUCACCAUCAGCAUCCCGGCAAGAAACAACAGCGCUGGAAGAAGCAGGGCGAUCGCCUGUCCCUCAAGAUCUUUGUCGGCAUGGAGUACGAGUGCUCGCGCGGCCAUCGCUUCAUGAUGUGCGCCCCGGAUCGCGUGCUACGAGGUGGAGCGGAUAUCGAACGAGACACCUGCAGCAAGGUGGUGCACAAUAACAUGCCGCUCUACUAUCCCUGCCCGUGCCGCUCCCAAAUCAACUAUCUGGCUCAGCUGAUGCGCAUCCAUGUGGUCACCCCCAAGGCGCCCGUUAAUAUAAUCGUGGAUCCCAAGGUGUGCGUGGGUAAGGGCAAGUACACCUUCACCUUGGGCAGCAUCGUUCCACCCCGCCUCUCGCAGAGCGCCUACUGGAUCCUCCGGCUGCCGUACGUCUACCAGGGUGAUGAUGUCCUGAUCGCUCCGCCGGAGAAACUAGAGUCAGAUGACAUGAUGGCAGGCGGUUAUCUGUUGUCCGGGAUGUUUGGGGUGGCGGAAACGGAUCCCUCGUUGGACCUCAAUGAACCCACUCGGAAUGCAGCGUCGCCAGCUGGUACAUUUACUAGAAUUUAAUGAUUUGUGUGUUUGCAGAUUAAAUCUUAAAUCAUAUUUCAAAAAUA